AAUUUUACUGCUGACUUUGGAUGUAUAAGCAAUGAUUCAGUGUUCAGUGGAGAAAAACAACAAUUAGUAAAUGAAGUGAUUUGUCAACAUUUCUUCCGUGAAGGACUUUUAGAUAUUGCAGAAGAACAUAUAAGAGAAACAGGUUUGGAGCUACAGGAAGAGUCGCGUGAACCAUUUUUUGAGCUAAAUCGUAUUCUGGCAGCUCUUAAAAGCAGAGACCUUGAACCAGCAUUACAGUGGGCUGAAGAAAACAGGGAGAAAUUGAGGGCUCAGAAUAGCAGUCUGGAAUUCAAGUUACAUCGCUUGGCUUACAUCAAUUUAGUUAGUGAAGGACCACACAGUGUUCCACAAGCCAUCGAAUAUGCUAGAGUUCAUUUUACACCAUUUGUGUAUCAGCAUGAAAAGGUGAUCCAGAGCCUUAUGGGAUGCUUGCUGUAUGUGAAAGGUGGCUUGAUAAAUUCACCAUAUGCAGAUCUCCUAAGUGCACAGCAGUGGUCAGAAAUCUGUGAUGUGUUCACAAGAGAUGCCUGUUCCUUACUUGGUCUCUCAGUAGAUAGUUCUUUAGCUGUGUGUGUAAAUGCAGGGUGUACAGCUUUGCCAGUUCUGCUUAAUAUCAAGCAGGUCAUGCAGCAGAGACAAGUACAUAACAUGUGGAAUAGUAAAGAGGAACUACCUAUUGAGAUUGAUCUUGGCCCAUCAUCUCGUUAUCAUUCAAUAUUUGCGUGUCCUAUUCUACGUCAGCAAUCAACAGAAUCUAAUCCUCCCAUGAGGUUGAUAUGUGGUCAUGUGAUCUCACGUGAUGCCCUGAAUAAGCUUACAACCAGUUCAAAGUUGAAGUGCCCCUACUGUCCUGUUGAACAAAAUCCAGCAGAUGCUAUUCAGAUUUUUUUUUAAGAUAGCUUUAUCCCUAACUUAAGAAAAGAAAUAAUAUAUAUGAG